GACGACCCGGCGACGUCAGACUUGCGUGCAGUGGCCGUUACAUCACGUAGUAGCCGGCUAUUUCCUUCAUACAGUGCGUGUGUGAUCUGACCUCUCUCAAGACACGACAAGAGAUCCCCUGGAUAAUUUCUUCGCAGGCGAUUUCACCAGCAGCUCACUCCUCAAACAGGUAAGAGUUACUCCAGCCUUUGUGGUGAUGUUCAAAGUUUUGACAGCUGUUAUAACCACCGUCCUCGUCCUCAUGCUCGGUGGUGUUUCUGUUAUUUAAUAUUAGGCCUUUGAACAAAAUGUACACCGAUGGUAACAAUGUAAAAGUUUCGAUUGCACAUGGAUUUAUACAUAAUUCAAAAAUAUCAGAUUUUAAAGUUGUUUCGGCUUGUAAAGGGGUGUGACUCCUCUCUGCCCUUCAUGCGUAACCUCUAAGCACUUCAUUUGGCGUUGAACAUUGAGUAACAAACCAGCCUGGCAAGAUUAAAAACCGUGUUCACAAGGUAUCAGCAAUUUUUACCCAUAAGUGUGACACGGGACCUGAGUGAAGAGUUUCCUUAAUGAAACACGGUGUCUGCUUAAUAUGCAUGAGUCAGCAUGCUUUGCUUUGCUUUGGCGAACCAAAAUAAAACCAGAGAAUCUAACUUUAUUUAUUCUUUUCUUUUCAGUCAAAAUGUCUGAUUAUGAAGAAAAUGACUCCAAAUUCUGGCGUAAAGCAAAGGAGAACCCCUUCGUCCCAGUCGGUAAGUACAUCAUGUGUCCCUUAACGUUACAUCAUGGGGGAAAGCUAUGGGUUAUAUUACAGACUUGAUUACGGUUGUAGGAAAGUAGUUUUGUCAACUUAAAGUUUAUGUGUUUUUGUUACCCAACUUGUCACCCUCUUUUUGUUUCAGUUUUUCGGCCAUUGAUACUAAUCUGUCUUUUUUGUCCGGUGUAGGAAUGGCUGGAUUCUUUGCCAUUGUUGGAUACAGACUUCUAAAAAUGAAAAGUCGGGGUGACACUAAAAUGUCAGUCCACCUUAUUCACAUGCGUGUAGCCGCCCAGGGCUUUGUGGUUGGAGCCAUGACUCUCGGUAUGUAUUUCUGAAUGACACAUAUCGAAAUAGAUCUUGUUUUUUACUUUUGGUUUCCACUUUUGGUUUGGUCGAAAGCUGUUUAAAUACGAGUCUGGGUUUUGUCUGAUUCCUUUACAAGCAUUUUAUAAUUCCCCCUUUCAGUUUCCCUGUACUUUGUUUCUAAAGUUGUCACAAGGAAAUAUGACUUUGUAACUUAUGAUUCUUUUCUGUUUUUAGGGGUCGUAUAUACAAUGUACAGAGACUACUAUCUCAAACCCAGACAACAGGAGAAAGCAGUGGAACACAAGUAAACAUGAACUCUAGCGCUUUCAUUUUAUGGCCCUUAAUAUUACCUCAUAUUAAGGUGUAUAAAACCUUAUUCUUUAGAGAUGUGUCAUAAUUUUUGUAUGCACACGUCCCUUCACAACCUAAUGUCUACUGUACAUAUUGUAUGACUUGUUGAUUGCAGUUCCUAUCUUUUAGAUAAAGCUGUCAGUUCUGUAAUGAAAAGGAGGUACAUUGAUCAGCUGUAUUUGUACUGAGGGAACUCGGUGUGUUUGCAGUCAGAGGGUUAGUCAUUACUGGAGACAGGUGACAUGACAGAGUUUUGUUGCCUGUCAUUUGAAUAAAACUAUGAGCGCCAAGCAGUACCAGUUGGUUAAGCAAUGAUAUAAAUGGCAGUCGCAGGUAGUGUCAUCAAAUCGUCUUCUACCAGCUGUAUUUUACUUACUAAUUCAGCCCCCCCCCCCCCUUAUUUUUGCCAAAUCAAGAAGACUUACAUCUUAGGCCAUUUUUUAAAAUUAAGAUGCCGAAUAUUGUUGGGUAUGAUUCUUGAGGCUUUAACAACAUGCGUCUUAUAACCACAAAAAUUAACUCAUCGAGCAUGAGCUUGACCCACAGAAUGUUUUAAUUAGUAGAGAGUACUCUUAAUGUCUGCUGUGUUGAAGAAUAACAAAAUACAUUUUUACACAAAAAGUGUUUCAGUUUGCAGUCAUUUAAUAAAUUAACUCUAAACACCAUGUCCUAUGAUCAUUUUAUUAUCAUGCUGUCAUAAGGCUCCAGGGUCCAAAGUUUCAUCACAUUAGCUUCAAAUCCAAAUGAGAUGUGCAAACUGACGUUCACCUGCCAGCUGUGCAAUGUAAAUAUCAGCAAAUCUUGUGAUCUGCUAAAAUAUUUGCCUUUUUAAGUUAUUCACAAAGUUAAGUUGAGUUGUGUGGAUAUACAGAGAAAUAUUUUUGAAGGUUUUUAAGUUUUUCUUUGGAAAUAAAAUGUACUUGUCUUGUUCUGAAAAUGUGUUGAAUAAACUUUUAGAAACCUCUCCCAA